AUGUCAUUCUCAGCUGAACAGUUUGUCAACAAGCUUAACACUUUAGAAGACUCUCAGGAAUCAAUUGCUAGUGCUUCCAAAUGGUUACUAUCUCAGUAUCGAGAAGCUAAUCAAGUGGCAGAAUGCUGGAAAAAUUACGUUGCAAAGAAGAAUGUUAAUACUCGAAGAAAGCUUCUGGCCAUAUACCUAGCUAAUCAUGUCGUUCAACAGGCGAAGGCGAAGAAGAUUGGCAACUUUCAAGAUGCCUUUGGUACUGUUUGUGCAGAGGUAAUGAGAGAAGUCUAUCCUGGUCUACCUAGAGACUUGAAGAAGAAGGUGAAAAGGGUGGCAGACAUUUGGACUGAGAGAGCAAUUUUUUCGAAAGAUGUUUUAAAGAAUAUACAGGCUAGUAUGAAGGCCGAAGGUCCAUCGAUAGACGGUGAAACAUUACCUUCGAACUUAAAAGAACUAGCUGCGACUUACUCGGGAAUGACAAAAGUAGAACAUAACAAGCAUGCUAUAAGGAUGAGAUUCGAUAAGGCUGUGGAAUCUCUGGAUCCUUCAAGUGUUGUGUAUGAGGAGAAUUUGAAAACUGUGACUAAAAUUGGCCAGUCAGCUAAAGAUGCUACGUCUCAAUCAAUAAAAAUGAGGGAAACUCGAGUGCAGACCUUGGAAAAACUGCUAAGGGAGGAAGAGUCGCUUUUGGAUGAGGAAAGAAACUCGAUGAGCGAGAUUGAAAUAAUUUUACGUUCAAAGGAUCCCACUAACAUUAAUCAGGAAGAAGAAGAUCAGGAUUUACUACCAACAUACGUGGCUGGCAAUGAUGACGAUGAUGAGAGCGAUAGCAGCGUGAAUGAAGAUGACGGCGACAAUAUCAAAGAUUUACCAAUAGUAGUCAAGAGGCAAAAUGAAACCGCAAACCUUGAUGAGCUAGAAAACAAAAGAAUUAAACUACCAUCUGAGGAACCGACCAACAACGAUCAAGAGGAAUACGAGCCCCAGACUCUUGUACCAGAUCAGAACGGUCCUGGCUUCGAAGGUUCCCCCGCCGUUACUUCCAGCAUACAGGAUCUACUAAGCAAGCUUGCAAAUUAA